UGAACGAUGUCUUUGGUAGUUUUAUCUCGGCCUUCGAUUGCGCUGUAUGCUACGCACAAAGUUUUUAAACGCAAUCAACCUGUGUAUUGGAGUCCGCCGAAAAUCGCUACGUAUUCGCAAAAUGCGGAGUCGUUUCUUAGCGGAUCAAAUGCCAAUUUUUUGGAGGCCCAAUACUUGGAUUGGGCGAAGACUAAAGGAAGCAUAGAUCCUUCCUGGGACAACUUUUACAACAGCGUAUCGGGACCCCAGCUCAAGAUUGAAGAGUUCGAGGACGACUUCAGCCCAACGACUGUCAAGAGAAAAGAUAAUAAUAAGGAUGCGAAGAGCGAGGCAGAAACGAAGAAGAAAAUUAAGUUGCAUUUAGCGGUUCAGCAACUCAUACGUAGCUACCAGGCACGCGGACAUCUCCUGGCAAAAGUGGAUCCUCUAAACCUGUGGAUACCUGCGAAAAUGAUUUACAAGUUUAGAUCAACUGGGAUGGACACCACGGGUUUGAAGAGCCCUAUCGUGGUGCGCGAGCUGGGUACCAGUCUAAAAGACGAACAUAUGGACAUGCAGUUUGAGCUCCCAGAUAGAACAUCCAUCGGCGGAACUGAGCAUGCGUUAACGUUAAGGGAAAUAAUAAACCGGUUGGAACACGUGUACUGCGGCUCGAUAGGCAUCGAGUACAUGCACUUGUUCGAUGUGGACGCCGUCCAGUUUAUCCGCGACAGGAUAGAAAAGCCCGGCUCCUACGAUCAUUCGAUCGAGGAGAAACGGUUGAUCAUGAGAAGGCUCACUAAGGCUGUGUUCCUAGAAAAAUACUUCGCAACAAAAUGGCCGGCAGAGAAACGUUUCGGUUUAGAAGGAGGCGAGAGCAUGAUCGCGAUGCUGGAAGAGAUCGUAGAUACCAGCACUAAGCUUGGCGUGGAGUCCAUCGUCAUUGGCAUGCAGCACAGAGGACGAUUGAACAUGCUGGUGAAUGUUUGUCGGAAACAGUUGACGGAUAUCUUUGCGCAGUUCAAACCCAUGGAACCAAAAGAACCGGGAUCCGGCGACAUCAAAUACCACUUGGGUACAUACAUCCAUCGCUUCAUCCGGCGAACGAACAAGUACAUCAAGGUGUCAAUGAGUGCGAACCCCUCCCAUUUAGAGGUGGUCGGGCCCGUGGUAGCUGGGAAAACCAAGGCUGAGCAGUUCUGGAAGGGAGACUCUAAUGGGGAUAAGACGAUGGCGAUCAUAAUGCAUGGUGACGCAGCUUUUGCGGGCCAGGGCGUGGUGUACGAGACGAUGCAUCAGACCAACCUGCCCGGCUUCACCACCCACGGCUGCAUACACAUCGUGUGCAACAACCAGAUCGGCUACACUACCGAGCCACGAUUCUCGAGGAGCUCGCCUUACUGCUCAGACCUCGCCAAAUGCGUUGACGCACCUUGCAUCCACGUCAACGGCGAUGACCCAGAGGCGGUCGUGAAAGCUGCUCGCAUCGCCAUUGAGUACCGCUGCAAGUUCAAAAAGGACAUAGUGCUUGACCUGGUCUGCUACCGCCGUUUUGGACAUAGUGAGGAGGACGAGCCUAUGUACACGCAGCCUUUCAUGUAUAAGAAGAUUAAGACCAUGAAGACAGUGGACCAAAUGUACCGCGACAAACUGAAGGCUGAAGGCACUGUGUCGGACACGGACAUCAAGGGUUGGGAGAAGGAGUACACAGACACGCUGAACAAACACUUCGAACUGGCCAAGAAGGUCACCAAGCUCAGUAUCAUGGACUGGAUCGACACACCGUGGACCGGAUUCUUCGAAUCCGUGGAUCCUAAAACGAUCCUACCAACCGGGAUCAGUCAAACGUCCAUCAACUCGAUAGCUAACCACUUCUGCAAAGCGCCUGAGCCUUGGGCUUUCGAGCUCCACAAGGGUAUCGCCAGGAUCCUGCAGAACAGGGAGAAACAGGUGAAAGAAGGUAUAGCGGAUUGGGCAAUGGGUGAAGCGCUCGCUUACGGUUCUCUGCUCCGAGACAACAUUCACAUCCGCUUUAGCGGCGAAGACGUGGAGAGAGGCACUAUGGCACACAGACAUCACGUGCUCCACCACCAAGGCGUAGACGGCGCCACUCACCGCGUUUUCGACUUUCUGUACCCUGACCAGGCCGCGUAUCAUCUGCACAACAGCUCGUUGUCAGAGUUUGGUAUUUUGGGUUUCGAGGCAGGCUACUCAUACUCUAGCCCUCGCUUGCUAACGAUAUGGGAGGCGCAGUACGGAGACUUCGCUGACACUGCCCAGCCAGUCUUCGACACUUUCAUCGCCAACGCAGAGAGCAAGUGGAUCUGCCAGUCGGGGCUUGUAGUUCAGCUGCCUCACGGGAUCGAUGGAGCUGGCCCUGAGCACUCGUCGGGUCGACCGGAGCGGUACCUGCUGCAAGCGGAUGACGAUAUGGAUCACAUCCCCGAUUUAGACGACAAAGAACUAGUCCUGAAACAGCUACGCGCAUGCAACUGGAUCGUGUGCAACAUCACGACGCCCGCCAACUACUUCCACAUGAUCCGGCGACAGAUCGCCAUGCCGUUCCGGAAGCCGCUCAUCCUCUUCACGCCGAAGAUCGGCCUCAAGCACCCGUACUACCGGUCGCCGUUUAGUGACUUCCUACCAAACACCUGCUUUCAGAGGGCGAUCAUCGAAAGUGGCCCAGCUAGCAAAAAGCCUGAGUGCGUGAAGAAGUUGAUCUUCUGCUCGGGCAAGGUCGCCAUCACCAUCGACGAGCUUCGCAAGGAGAAGAAGAUGGAAGACCAGAUCGCCUUGUGCCGUAUAGAGCAGCUUUAUCCGUUCCCCUACGAUAUUGUACUCAAGGAGUACUGCCGCUACCAGAAGGCCCGCGUCUGUUUCUGUCAAGAAGAGCACAAGAACCAAGGCCCAUGGAUUUUCAUCAAGCCUCGGUUAGAGAAUCUUCUUGGGAAGAAAGUAGAGAUCAUUUCCCGGCCAUCGAGUGCUGCGUCAGCGACGGGAAUCAAGUGGAUUCAUGCGAAGGAGCUAAAGGAACUUAAAGAGAAAAUUAUUGGGUAGCAACAUUUCAUGCAUUUGCAAAGGGGAAUUUUUAAUAUGUUUUGUUAAAUAAAUUA